AUGGAUAGUCUUUACGGAUUGGACAGUGGAAUUUUUUUCGAAAACACUAGGUUGAGUUUUAUUGGAAAAGAUUGUCAAAAAAUUCCACCGAUAAUUUUAAACAAAUAUGGACCAAGAGUAAAUACCUUAGAUCUUAGUUUUAAUAGUUUGACAACAUUACAAGGUAUAGAAUUUUUUUUUCAUUUAAAAGAACUUAUUUUAGAUAAUAAUGUUUUAUCUGACAAUAUAAUUAUACCAAAGAUGCAACAUUUGCAAACUCUAUCGAUUAAUAAAAAUAAGAUAAUUAAUUUAGAACUUUUUCUUCAUAAAGUUCAAGAAAAUCUUCCAUCUUUAAAAUAUUUAAGUUUGUUAGGAAACAAGGCUUGUCCCAAUCAACUUUCCGACAUCACAAAAGAUGAAGAUGAUUAUAAAAGAUACAGGUAUUAUGUUAUCAAUCAACUUCCAAAAUUAAAAUUUUUAGAUUCUACACCUGUUACCAAAGAGGAGAGACAAGAAGCUGAAAGAAGAGGGCACUUGAUGAAAAUAGCCAAACCACAAAAUAAUCAAGAAGAUGAAAUAUACUUUUCUCAGUCAACUGAAUAUACUCCUUUGCCGAAAACAAAAAGAACAACAUAUGAUCAUCAAGGUGCCUAUGGAAAAUGCAAAUAUAGAUAUUCUGGUAAACACUCUGAAGGAAAUAGAUUUAUUCAAAACAAUGACCUUUGA